AUGAAAGACUGUAAGUUUCAUAAGCUAUGUAAGACGAAUGGUGGAUCCAAUGACGAAUGGAUGGAUUCUGUGCGAGCUGCAAAUCGAGAAGGUUGGGCAGAGCGUCACUACGCGGAAAUGAAAAAAGCAUCACUGAAGAAUCCUGAAGAUCAUAGUUCGGUUAUUGCGGGUAGUAGAAGCAUUGUGUUGUAUGCGCUUGUAUUCCUUUAUAUUAUUCGGCUAAAUAGUUUAAUUACCCAUUUUGAAGUGUGGUUGACUGCGGAUGAAGUGGUGGUGUUCUAUCGCGUUCCGUGUCCACAAACUUAUGAUGGUGCAUCGGCCGGGCCAUCACCCACAUUCACAACUUUUGUAUGGUCAGAUCAUUUCAUCAUGUAA